CGACUUGGACACUCUCAUCGCUCUCGCCCUCAAGAUCGACAGAAGGCUUUUGGAUCGCGAGCUGGAAGGAGAUCGGCGGAAGGAUGCUUCACCGCGCACUUGGAGGACGAGCCUCGGUGACAAGCCAAACCAAGGCAGAUUCCCUGCUGCCAGUCUCAAUCCACUGGCUAGCGUCACCACGGAUGAGCCCAUGCAACGGGGAAGGUUCCGUCUCUCCUCUGAGGAACGUCAACGCCGGCUGAGGGAAGGGCGGUGCUUCUACUGCGGUCAGUUGGGUCAUUCCGUGAGAAACUGUCACGUCAAAGUUGCCGGUGCCGGUAGCCAGGGCACGGGAGAGGUGAGUCUGAAUUUCAUUAAGGAAGACCCUACACGGGUUCUUCCUAAAGUGACACUAUGCUCUCCUGAUUUAUCUCAAGUGCCCACCUGUUAUCAGGAUAUUAAAGAUGUUUUUUCCAAGUCCAAGGCCAAAUCCCUUCCACCCCACAGACCUUAUGACUGUGCUAUUGACUUGCUGCCUGGAACCACACCCCCACGAGGGAGGUUGUUCUCUCUUUCAGGGCCGGAACACAAGGCCAUGAAGGAAUACGUAGAAGAAUCACUGGCAGCUGGGAUCAUUCGCCCAUCUUCAUCCCCUGCGGGAGCAGGAUUUUUCUUCGUGGACAAGAAAGACAAGACCCUGCGACCCUGUAUCGAUUACCGGGGUCUCAAUGAGAUCACGGUAAAAAACAGGUACCCUCUUCCUCUCAUCUCCACCGCCUUUGAGUUCCUGGAGGGAGCCAAGAUUUUCACAAAACUGGACUUAAGAAAUGCAUAUCAUCUAGUCAGGAUAAGGGAGGGGGAUGAAUGGAAAACAGCAUUUAACACACCAACGGGACAUUAUGAAUAUUUGGUAAUGCCUUUUGGGCUUACUAACGCUCCAGCUGUUUUCCAGAACCUUGUCAAUGAUGUCCUGCGCGACAUGUUGAAUGUUUAUGUUUUUGUUUAUUUAGAUGAUAUUCUGAUAUUCUCCCCGGAUGAGGAGACUCACAUUAUUCAUGUCCGCUCUGUUUUGCAGCAGUUACUGCAGAAUCAACUCUAUGUCAAGGCUGAGAAAUCCCCAGAAUCCACAGUUCCAGCGGCAUUAACCUUGGUGAGACGCUGCAGGAGGACCUGGGAGCGAGCCCGCCAGAUGCUGCUGCGCCAGGGACGGUCCUACAAAGCCGCUGCUGACCGUCGGAGGACACCGGCCCCGAACUACAAAGUGGGUCAGCGAGUUUGGCUUUCGACCAAACAUAUUCCACUCCGGGUGGAGUCCAAGAAGCUCGCUCCCAGGUUCGUUGGGCCCUUCCCCAUCACAAAAAUAAUCAACCCUGUCACCGUGAAGCUGAGGCUCCCAAGGUCUAUGCGGGUCCACCCUACUUUUCACGUCAGCCUACUCAAGCCAGCCCGGGAGUCCCCUCUGGUCCCGCCUUCCAGGCCCCCUCCUCCCCCCCGGUUUGUGGAUGGGGGCCCUGUCUUCUCUGUGAAGCGGCUGUUGUCAUCUCGUCGGAGGGGCAGGGGGUUUCAAUAUCUGGUGGACUGGGAGGGCUAUGGGCCUGAGGAGCGUUCCUGGGUACCGUCUGCGUUUAUCGUGGAUGAUUCGCUCAUUCGGGACUUCCACGUUGCGCAUCCAGGGGCCCCAGGGCCGUCUGGGGCCGGCCGUUAGGGGGGGGGUACUGUCAUGUGUGUGUGUUCCGGGUUUUGUCUUCCCCCCUGUUUCACACACACCUGCUCAUGUGAGCAUCUUCAUCACCUGUGCCUCGUUCACCCUAAUUACCCCUUGUAUAUAACCUCGUGUCUCAUUUCCUCUCGUUGCCAGUUCGUUGUACCUUGUCGUCGCGUUCCUGCAUUCCUUGUUUCCACGUCAUAGAUUCACAGUAAGACCUGACCCUGUUCCGAUUAUCGACCUUGUCUCUUUGCCUCAUGUUUUUGGAUACUGUUGCCUCUUUUGGAUUGCCUGCCUGUGUACCGACCUAUGCCUGUCUAUUAAACCUCUCUUUUUGGAAACUGUCAAUUUGUUUUGGAGUCGUGCAUUUUUGGGUCCUAUCCU